AUGUCAUUCAAAGUCCCAUACGAUUCGAGCCCGCCCUCCACCCCUGACAAGGCCAAGGGUCAAAGUUUCUGGAGCAAUGUUUCAACCACACCUGCUGGUCCGCCUCCAUCAAGCGCCAACUCAUUUACACCGCAAGGGCAUCCGCCGUCAACGGUGUUUGGAACUUCACAAAUAGAUUCGCAUUCGAAGAUGGAUUUCGGUACUUCAACCAAUUCUCUGUUUACCAAAUCAGGCGGCUUCAAGAAAGGCGACAGUAUCUUUGGCUCCUCAUUCGGAUCUGAUUUCGCCUACCAGCAACCCCAACGGACUCAGGCACCUUCGUCCAGGCCUUUUGCGGCGGCCGCACCAGCAGCUCAGACGCGAUUUGGUGGCGCGACCACGAACGGCAGCGCAUUCAGCCGGUCCGUGAAUUUUGGAGAGUCUCAGAUAAGCGAAUACAAUGAGGAAUACGAUGAAGAGGAAGAGGAAAUGGAGCAUGAGGAGGAACCAAUGGAGGAGGAGAUUGAGGAGGACGAUGCGGAAGGUCAUUUUGAUAUGAGUAGUCAAAACCCGCACAAUCGUUUGAGCUUUUUAGACUCCACGUUCGGCAACCCGUUGCCCCGACAGGCCACUCAGUCUGCGCAGCGCAAACCUAUCUACUCAAAUCCCACCGAUGCGAAGCGCCCAAAACUCCAUGAGCACUGGAAUCCUCAGUCUUCGUUACACAAAACCAAGCUUUCGCCAAAAAAAGCCUCCGCAAUGCCCUCUAUUCUGCACAACUUCGCGGCCAGGUCUCACCUAUCCGCUGUGGACGAGCCCGCCGACAUGAUCAUCAACACGGAGGAUGUGCUCGGUCGACUCUACGAUGAAUUGAGAGAUGCCGAACACCGGCACGUUGAACUCGAUGCUCUCUUGUCAUAUGUUGCCAACAAACUUGCCGCAACGUGGGAUACGUGCGCCGACCGCAGUGGGAUCAGCAGACCUUAUGGCGUUGGAUCCAGUAUUGGCCCUGGGGAGCAAUCGCCGAAUCUCGUUAAGGCCAGCUUUUUGGCCUCCCUGCUACUCCAGAUCCACCACCCUUCUCGAGCCUCCGCCCCGAUCGCCACCGCCUCCAAUCCAGCUGCCCGUGGGGUGCCUAACAGCAUGGUUAAGGCUAUGCAACGUGCCAGCGUAGCAACGCCGCUCCCUCAGAUUCUUCUCGAUUGGCUCAAUGGAAACCACGCCUCGCAGACUAAUGAUCUGCAGGCGCUGCGUUAUGUGGAACCAAACCCAACCGCUUCAUCCAACUUCUGGGACAUCAUCAACGCGGCCGUACUCCGCGGUCAAUUUGCGGAAGCGGCAGAGAUCUUGCGGUCUUCAGAUUUCAACUAUGCCCGAUCUGCUCUGGAGGACGGCUUACCUCAACCGGGAUAUCGUGGCGCUCAGCUGCAGAACAUUCAGCGUUGUGUGAACAAAGCCCUGCAGAUUCUCGAUACCUGCCCCGGUUUCCGGGAUGAUGAUUGGGAUAUCACCGGGUCUGACUGGACUUUGUACCGGAAGCGUGUUUUGGCCACUGUAAAUGAUCUGGAAGAGUUCGCCGAGGGCGAAGAGCGGGAUCAGGCUGACGUUCCAGUCCAAGAAAACCGGUUCCAGGCCGUUAACUUCGGACUUUCCAACUUUGGGCAGAACCAGGUGAGCUUCACGCAGUCUGCCCGCAUGGCUGAAAGCCGGGUUCCCUGGACAAUUUACCAAAGUCUCCGCUCCCUCUACCGCAUUAUUCUGGGCGACACAGCUACAAUCAAGGCCAUCUCGCAGGACUGGGUCGAGGCGACGAUCGGCUUGACCGCGUGGUGGGAUGGUGAGGAUUAUGACGGCAUGCCUGGGCUCGACUUCCGCGCCAGCACUUCUAGCAACGACUUCCAACGCUCGCGCGGAUCCAAGAAUCAGCUUCGCGCGGUGGAUCGAAAUAUGCGAGACGCCUACCUGCGUCGCCUGGAUCUGGCCUUUAGCAACGUCACAAAUGAACCAUCCGAUAACGCUGGGUUCCGCGUUAACACCAUGAAUAGUCUGGAGGUUGGCUUGGCCUCUGUCUUUGAAGGCAAUGUCCAAGGGGUUCUUGAGCUUCUACAAUCAUGGUCCCUGUGCGUCACGACCGCUGUCACCGAGGUCGCCAGUUUUGGUGGCUGGUUUGAUUCCGGCGUGAGCAAGAUGCCCGGUCUGAGUGAGAAUGAUUUGAUGGUUCUUUCAUAUGGACAGGGUGACAUGUCUUCUGCCCAUCGACUUGAUAGAGAUGAGAUUCUCCAGAGCUAUGCAUUCGGACUGAACGAACGUGGCUCGGUUGAGAACGAGAGUGGUGUCCGCGAGGGCUGGGAGAUGGCAUUGGAGGUGCUGGCCCGACUGCACGACUCAGUUUCGAUGAAGAAAGCGGUCGCGGAGGUUGUGGACAAGCUGCCGUUGGAUGAUGUCAGCCAACUUGACAAGUUGGUCGUCCUGUGUACCGAUUUAGGCCUGGAGGAUCAGGGCCGCAAGGUCUCUGAGCGAUUCGGUGAUCUCACCGCUUCUAACUCUGAGAACUUUGGCCUAGCGCUUGUAUGCUACGCCCGUGCUCAGAACCGCCGCAAGGUGAAGUCAGUUGUCGACCUUUUGAUUUCAUACAGCCUGGUGCAAUCGCGGGCCUACCCUGCCACAUCUGACCUGGACCCGGAACUUCGCUCGAUGCUGAAAGAUCCCAAGACCUGCCUGUCGUCUAUCGCAUCUGUCGACGAGGAAGCUGCCCGGAUUCUCCAGUUCUACCUCAGUGGCUAUGCGACGCUACGUCGGUUCUAUGAGAUUCGCGAUGAGGCCAUGGAACUGCAAGAGAGCCAGCGACCGCGCUUCAAACCGCUUGCUCGCCGGCGCGCAGCGGCCAAGGCACUCGUUGCGGUGAUCAGCAGCGCUGCAGAUAAUAUCUACGGCGGUCUGUACGAUCCCCAUCGUGAUUCUGCAGUGCAGGUGGACGGAUUGCUCGCGCUGCUGGGAGAGGCGCUGGUGUUUGUGAAUCACUCGACUCCUAUUUUCUCGGUUUCUCAGCAAUUCACUAUCCUGUCUGCGAUUGAAGAUCUGGAGACCGUGACUCCUCGCGUAUACUCGCAGUGCGAGGAAUGCUUCCGGUCCACUCUGCUCGAGCAGCAAUCCGCCGGCCGGGGCGCAUCCGACGGCUUUGCGCCGCCCUCGCCUCGGGCGCUUCUGAAAAAAUCAGUGUCGUCCUUAUCCGCAUCCACCUUCUCCAUCAUCGGUAACGACAUGCUUGAGUCGGUACGCACUCGAUCAGGUUCCGGGUCUGGACCGGCUUCCGUGGGCAGUUCUGGUGUGCUUGUCCCUCGACCUGGUGACAAGGAAGCGGGCCGUGCCCGCGGAUGGGACUGGCGGGUGGGCCUUCCCGAGACGAUCAAGGGUGCAGAUGUGCUUCGGAUGCUACGACUGGGAUUAGCACAGGGGUUGAGCUUUGGCGCCUUAGGGUCCGUAUAG